AUGCUUUUGCCAUUGAAGAAAUUGCCCAAUAACUCUAAGGUUGCAGUGGUUGGUGGCGGAGUCUCUGGACUCAUGUUUACUUACUUCUUGGGAAAGUUAAGACCUGACAUCCAGAUCACUUUAUUCGAAGGUGCAAAGAGGACAGAUGGUUGGAUUAAUUCAUGGAAUACCAAGGAUGCUGAAGGUAAACCAAUUAUGCUAGAAAGAGGGCCAAGAACACUAAGGGGUGUGUCAGAUGGUACUGUCCUGAUUAUGGAUAUCCUAAGGAAUCAUGACGAAGAAAAAUCAAUACAGUGUAUUGACGCGAAUUCAAAUGCAAAUAGGAAGUUCUUAUUAGACCCCAAUGAUCAUCUAGUGCAAGUGCCCAAUUCACUUGGAAGUUUUUUAAAGUUUAUAUCCAAUCCCUUGAGUAAAGGUUUAUUUAGUGGAUUAUUGGGAGAAUGGUUCAGGAAACCUAGUAUAAACCCAACUUCCGAUGAAACUGUUAAAAGUUUAAUGGAUAGAAGAUAUGGGAAUGAUCUUAUUGGCAAGAAUUUACUUAGUGCCAUCUACCAUGGCAUAUAUGCCGAUGACAUUUCUACAUUAAGUGCACAAAAGACUGCGGCUAAAACUUUCUAUGCAGAAAGACAAUAUGGAUCAACAAUGAAAGCAGCUUUCCAGAACUGGAAGGAAAAGUUGUUUAGCUCGAAGAGCGGCAACCCUCUUAGUAAAUGUUUAAGAGAAUACCAAACCGAAUUUAACAAAGACUCCAAUGUAUUGAUCAAGUUAUCACAGAAUCUAAAGCAGUAUCCAAUGUUAGGACUAGUUGGGGGUUUAGAAACUUUACCAAAAGUUGUCAGAAAAGCAUUAGAUGGAAUGGAGAAUGUCCAAAUAUUGGUAAAUAAUCCAGUUACAAAGAUAUCAUAUACAUCUAGAAAGCCAACUGUUGGAGUGAAGUUAUCCAAUGGAGACAAAAUGGAAGGAUUCGAUCAUCUAAGACUUACAAAUACCCCUGAUAAGAUGGCAUCUAUGGUUUCCGCCACUUAUCGAAACCUAGUCAAGGAUUUGAAAUUAGUAGAAGCUAACACGGUUGUUCUUGUGAAUUUCUUUUUGCAGAAGAAAGACGUUAUUCCAAAGGAAUUAGAAGGUUUUGGUUACCUAGUUCCAAGUUCAAAUCCAAAUCCUGAAAAAGUCCUUGGUGUCAUAUUUGAUUCUGUUAUUGAAAAUAAUUUCAAACCUUUUGAUCUAAGAAGUAAGAAUAAGCUGAGAUCCAAUGAUUACACCAAGCUAACAAUAAUGGUGGGAGGUCACUUAUUAAACAAAGAUGGGAAGCAAACAAUUCCUGCCGAAGAUGAAUGUAUUUCUCAGGUAAAGGAUGCUUUAAACAGACACAUGAAGAUAAGUAGAGAAGAUUUGGAUGAUGGGCUCUGGGUGUAUACUGUUGCAGAAAAGUGUUUCCCGCAUUAUUUUGUUGGAUACAAUGAAUGGCAAGCAAGAGUAGAAAAAGAAUUCCUAGAUAGAUAUGAUGGGAAAGUUUCUUUAGGUGGCAUGGGGUUUGCAAAAGGACCUGGUGUGCCGGAUGUCGUUGUCGAUGGUUUCCAGGAUGCUUUAAAGAUGAAAUAG